UCUACGUACUCUUCCUUCUGGCUAAUCCAGAUCUACCAAAGUCUAACGCCAACUCUGUAUACACCACGGCGUAGACCGCCAGUCACAUGGGCUACUUCUGUGUUGGUUUCGUUCUCUCUCUUUCAUUCUGUGUUGCUACUCUCAUUUGUUGCAGCAGUUGUGAGUCUUCUACAGAUACAGAAUCGGGCCACUUUUCGUAUUGGCCAUCAUCUGACGCGCAGAACUUCGCAAUCGGAGCUCUGAUACCGGAACAUGAAACUAUUUACCGUCCCAUUGCGACAUUGGGAUUUCUGUCCGCUAUACAAGACGUUAACAACGAUCCACGUGUUCUUCCGCACCACAAACUGCAGCCAGUUAUUAGAGACACUAAAGGGGAUACAUGGCUUGGAUUUCAGAAGGCAAUUGAAGUCAUUAAUAAAGGGGUGGUGGCGGUGGUUGGUCCUGGUGUUUCUACUGUGGCUGAAGUGAUCUCUCCUCUAGCGUCCCAUUGUCAGAUACCAUUUGUUACACCUUCUUCCUCCAGUCUAUCUCUAUCACUGCAUGAAGUCCACAAAUAUUUACUCCAAUUAUGUCCUUCAUCAAGGGUACUGGGUCGAGCAAUUAUUGAUGUUCUGUAUGAGUUUGGAUGGAAAUACAUUGCGAUUAUCAAAUCAGAUGGUGAGCAUGGCAAAGUUGCACUGUAUUACUUGGAGCAGCUGGCUAGACAGCAGGGACUGCACGUCAUCAAGGUUAUAGAGCUUCCUGUUUAUCCUGGCAAUGAGAAAGUAGAGAAUCGAACUGCUACUGUUGCAUUACUGAUAACGUAUUUAAAAGAUUUAGUCAAUCUGCAUGCUCACGUGUUUGUCCUCAGUGUGCUGGAUCAUCACCUUGAGUUGGUUUUGCAAGCUGCAGAUGACCUUGGUCUAAUUGGAGCAGAGUUUGUUUGGAUUAUUGAUCGAUUGGAAUCACCAGAACAUGUAUUAACACCGAACUUGCUAAGAUUACUGCAGGGCAGUCUAGGAAUUAGUACAUCUCUUCCCAGGUCAGUAACAGAGUGGGAAAAGAAACACAAUGUUAACUACACAAGCAUCUAUCAACUGUAUGCAUACGAUUCUGUGUGGUUGAUUGCACAUGCUCUUAACCGGUGUAUCGAAGAUGGCCAUUUAUUACACAGAACACGUCUACCACCUACCAAGGGUUUACCUCAACUGUACAGACUGAUUAGUGGCCAGGUGUUGUUAGAGUACAUUCAAAACACCUCUUUUGAAGGAAUAUCAGGGAAAGUUCGUUUUGAUGCUGAAACUGGUGAACGACAAAAAGAAUACAACAUUGUGAAUAUGUUUAAUGGAACAUUCUCUACUGUUGGCAAAUGGUCGUCAGUUGGCUCUUCGCAAAAGAGUCGUUUAGCAAUGGGUGGCAGCUACUACCCACUCCCAAAGUGGAACAAUGGCAGUAUUGUGAUACCUGCUGAUCGAGAUACAUCAACCAGUCAAUUAAUUUCUGCUCUUGUCAUUGUGACUGAGCCAUUCGUUUAUCAUGCCAGCGAUACUGCAAACAAUCCAUUCUCCGGAUACCUGAUUGAUCUAAUGAAUGAACUCAGUCAAAGAAUUGGCUUUAGUUAUAGAUUGACAAUAUGGAAUGAUAGUUAUGAUGAAGCAAUCAAAUACAUUUCACGAGGAGACCAUCCUCACACUCUUGUAGUUGCAGACAUGACAAUCACUUCCGUGAGAUCAGAGUAUGUUCACUUUUCACGUAGCUAUCUCACAGUGCAGUUGUGCUUGUUGAUCAAACGUCCUGAUACUGAAACAGCAGAGGGUAUUUGGGGAUUUUUGGCACCAUUAAACUACAGUGUUUGGUGUAUAGUUCUUGCAUUCUUUCUCUUUGGAGCUGUUGUGCUACGAAUUACCGAACUCUGUAGAAGAAACCAUCCAGAUUUAAAAUUUAGUGAAAGUUUGUGGAUAAGUUUCUCGUGUGCAUUUGGUACUCAUAAAGAUGACUUGGUGACAUCACUGUUUGGUCGGUUGUGGCUCGUAGUUGUAAUGAUGAUCCUGUUAGUACUUACAUCUGUCUACACUGCAAAUCUGACUGGCUUCUUGCUUUCUAAAGAACUGAAGUUAGAUGUGACCGAGUUACAAGAUUUGUUGGAUGAACCAGUCGGUGCCGUUCCUGGUACUUCCACUUUCCAGUAUUUGGCUGAUAUUGAAGGUAUGAGGAAUUUGAUUCCAGUACUUGAAGCUGAUGCUCCAGCAGCUAUUCUCAAUGGAACAGUGAAAGCGUUUAUUGCUGAUAGACCAGUUCUUCAACACAUUGCUCUGUACAACUGCAGUGUGUAUGUUGCUAAGAUUCAGUUUCAUCCCCAACAGCUUUCUUUGGCCUUCCAGCGAGGCAGUGCAUUGUUGGAUCCCGUCAAUGCUCACAUGCAAUCUUUCUGGGAAUCUGGAUAUCUUAGUCGUCUGUACAAUCGCCACUUCGUUUGGUUUUCUAAGUGCAAUGAUCCCGAACAAGAACAGGAAUUGUCCCAGAUUGGUGUAGAGGAAAUCAGCGGAAUAUUCAUCGUGAUAGGGAUCACAGCUGUAAUUUGUUUGCUUGGUCGUUUUGUUACAAAGACGUGCGUCCCUUCCUUUGAGGAUGCGUGUAAUGGGUAAUAAGAGUGCUGACAAACGUUACGAACGUCUUAAGCAAUCAAAAGAAAAGGAGAAUGAUGAAGGUGACGUGCAAAUAUAAAUAGAUAACACAAAUCAAAUGUACUGUAUUAUUAUAAUGGUUAGUCAGUCUUUAGUUACAGCUGCGUUUUAAGAGCUAGUUAGAUUUAAAUGCUUCAACAGCUACACCAAAAUGAGCUGGCAGCAAUUAUUAGUAAGUCAGGGAUUGCACUAAAAAUGAGACGCCUGUAUUCACUGAGAUUUUAUUAAUAGUAGCAGACAAUUUUAAUUCUUUGA